AUGACCCUCGAAGCCCGAAGGGAACAGCUGCAUGCCCCCCAUCCAGGAGGGCAACUCGUCCCUGGGGGGUGCCCAGGCCGCGCCCGUGGGGGUAGGGAUCGGCUCCCCGACGCUCCCAGCGAGGGCCUGCAGCGGCGCCGCACCGUCUUCGUCGGGAUCCGGGUCGCCCAGAGGGAGCCCUCGCACGGCGCCGCGCCGGGCCACAGGAGGCACAGGCGCCGACCGCCGCGAGACGCGUCGCCCACCCUCGAGGGCACGGCGGCGGCCGCCGCGAGGAGGCCCCGGGACCCUGGGCCGCCAGCCGAGCGCCGCGGUCCCGACGCCUCCGCCGCCGCGGUGCGGAGGUUCAGCAUGGCCGAGCUGAGGCACAGGGCUCUGCCGUCGGUGGCCAGGCCGUGGAGGGACGAUGGCUGA